UCUGAACCCAAUCUUUGGCAUAUAUUCCUGCGAGUGCAAAGAAUACCGAGUCUUCCUUGUACUGCUUCGUGUCGUAGUAUUGUAUGUGUGCAAAACAUGCAGCGGUCAAUAUCAACAAUCCGGCGACUUUUCUCGCGAGCCUCCACAUCUACCCCUCGGCAACUGCAAGCCACCGCGGUAAAUGUUUCAACAUACACAAUCAAAGCGGGAGAUACACUGGCAGUAAUAGCGUCCAAAUUAGGAACAACUGUAGCUGCACUUCAACAAGCGAAUCCGGGGAUCAAUGCAAACAAUCUCCAAGUGGGGCAGGUCAUCCAGCUUCCACAGUCAGGAUCUCGAUACACCAUCCAGGCCGGAGAUACAUUCAGUUCAAUUGCAGCAAAAUUUGGAUCUACUGUUGCUGCUUUGCAAGCUGCCAACCCUGGUAUCAAUCCAAAUAAUCUUCAGAUCGGAGCACAGAUUGUUGUGCCUGCUUCGAGUACGCCUACACAACCUGCGCCGCCUGCACCGCAACCGCAGCCAGCUCCGUCGGGGAAAUAUACCAUUCAGGUAGGCGACACUUUUACUACGAUUGCAGCGAAGUUGGGCACGACUGUUGCCGCACUUCAAGCUGCGAAUCCAAGUAUCAACCCCAACGCUCUUCAGAUUGGGGCUCAGAUAUCAAUCCCCUCGGCUACGACCCCUUCUCCAGCUCCUCCUCAAUCGCCUCCUGCCCCAGGAGGAAAGUAUACUAUUCAGUCGGGAGACACGUAUGGCAGUAUUGCAGCUAAGUUGGGGACGACCGUUGCUGCAAUACAAGCUGCCAAUCCAGGGGUGAACCCAAAUGCUCUUCAAGUUGGUAGCCAGAUCAAUAUCCCGUCGACAACUCAGCCCAAUCCUGGACCAGUUACCCCGACACCAGCACCAACUGCUCCAGCAGCAGGUCCAUAUGUCAUCCAAGCUGGAGACACAUUCACGACGAUCGCAGCGAAAUUCAAUGUCAGCGUAGCCGCGAUUGAAGCUGCGAACCCAAACGUAAACGCAACUUCGCUGCAAGUAGGUCAGACUAUCAAUUUUCCCCCUGGAUCCGGACCCGGCAAUACAGGUGAGGGUAGUGGAGGAGGAGGAGGAGCCGUGCCUCCAAGCACGGGAGGCUACGUUGACUACAGCGGUCCAGCGUCCGCCUAUCCAUACCCUUCACAAUGGGCAUCCUACGACGCUCUCUGGGCGAAAAACUCUUCCCUUAUGAGCUUCUCAGAUAGCCCCUCUGAAAUCUCUCUUAUCGGCUCUUCUAUCCCCAUCGUAGCUGCUGAAUCCCGUCUUGACGCCCGCGUUAUCCUCUGCAUCAUAAUGCAAGAAUCCGGCGGCAACGUCCGAGUCGGCAACACGUUCAACGGUGUGAACAACACAGGUAUCAUGCAAGCAUACAACGGAGCGUCGUUCAACCCGUUCGAUCCUGCGGGGAGUAUUCUGCAGAUGAUUAGAGAUGGGGCGCUGGGAACAAGGAAUGGACCGGGUUUGAGGCAGGCGUAUGAUGAGUUUGGGAACUAUUAUGAGGCGGCGAGGAAGUAUAAUAGUGGGAGUGUAGAUAGGACGCAACUGAAUAACCCGCUUGGGGCGACGGCGGGGUAUGUGAGGGAUUUGGCGAAUAGGCUGAUGGGACAUACGUGGGCGGGGAUGUAAAAAUGAUUCUCUUUUGUUUUGCGCUGUGUUACGGCUUGUAUUUGGAUGAACCACAUGUGGAUAUGCAUCUCAUGCAAUAAAAGCUUUGUGUUCUUGUCUUACUUCUAUGGUGUUGACAUUGAGACAAUACCAGUCUGAUGACAAAUUGUACUGAUAAGCUCCAAUUUAAUGUUGAUUUCGAUCUAGUAAUUGGCAUGGCAAGUAUCUUUGUUUUUAACUAUUAAUAAUUCCUUGGGGAAAGUUGUGUUAUUGAUAAAUGUAACCUGACGUGGGCCCCCUUUCUUGCUAAGCGAGGUUACACGGCCAAGUUGAGGUUUUGAAAGACCUUGAGGAGGACCCCUCUGAGUCUUUCAUCUUACCGCCACCAGUUGACAAAUCCACUAUCCUCAAUAUUCUUUGUUUUUCAGGCGAUAUCAUUUCCCGCAACAUGCCUUCUGUAUCGCGGCCUUCCUUGUGUGUGAAAGAUAUGUUCAUCACAAGCAAAUAAAAUGGCAGAGAGAGGCACGCGACAAACUACCCCAUACAGCAUCAGAAAUUCUUGAAAUACAUCAAUAGUUCUCAAUUGCCAGAAUCAACGGUCGCGGAGUUCCAGCUGAUCAAAUACUCUACCAAUAAACAACUCGCUUGCAUCAAAGCAGUUUAGCUUCCCACAUCCCACUCUCCGUCAACGGCAGAGCUACCGCCUUAAUAUAUCCUCAUCU